CAUCAACUUGAACAUAAAAGUUCAAACACAAACUGUUACAAACAAAUGAACCUAACCAAUAAUCAACAACCAAAGGUACUUCAUUAUCGUCUUCAUAACUUCAACCUUCUUCUCUCUUUCUUCACUUCAACUCAACAACAAACUCAAAAGCCAUGGCAAACACUAAUAACUUCUUAACCCAAUUCUUAAACUGCACUUCAAAAAAGCCAAAUACUUUAAUCACCAACCUCUACUUCUGCACCUUCGCCACCUUCCUCUUCACCCUCUGUUACUUCCUUGGUCUAUGGCACAACUACCCCACCACCACCGUCACCACUGCCACCGUAGCCACCGCCUCCAACCUCUGCUUCAAUCCCACCACCAACUCCACCACUACCACCACCUCCGCCGUCCCAUCAUUCACCAACCUCGAAUUCGCCGCCCACCAUAACAUGCCGGACCCGCCUCCCACCGCGGCGCGUGGACCACACCUCCCUCCCUGCGCGUGGUCCUACUAUGAGUACACCCCCUGCGAGGACCAGAAGCGCUCUCUCCAGUUCCCGAGGGCCCGACUCGCCUACCGUGAGCGGCACUGUCCGGCGGCGGAGGAUGUACUCCGGUGCCGGAUUCCGGCGCCGUACGGAUACAAACAGCCGCUGCGAUGGCCGGCAAGCCGCGACGACGCGUGGUUCGCGAACGCCCCGCACAAGGAGUUGACCGUGGAGAAGAAGGGGCAGAACUGGGUCCGGGUCGAGGGGGACCGGUUCAAGUUCCCCGGUGGUGGGACUAUGUUUCCACGUGGCGCAGACCGCUACAUUGAUGACAUUGGAAAGCUUGUUAAUCUCCGAGAUGGGUCUAUCCGAACCGCUAUCGACACCGGUUGUGGGGUUGCAAGCUUCGGAGCUUAUCUUCUAUCACGUGACAUUUUAACAGUGUCAUUUGCACCAAGAGAUACUCAUAUAUCACAGGUUCAGUUUGCUCUUGAACGAGGUGUUCCUGCAUUGAUUGGAAUCCUUGCCUCAAUCAGGCUUCCAUACCCUUCAAGAGCCUUUGACUUGGCUCAUUGCUCACGCUGCCUCAUUCCCUGGGGCAAGUAUGAAGGAGUAUACUUGACUGAAGUAGAUAGAGUGUUACGUCCAGGGGGGUAUUGGAUUCUAUCAGGGCCACCAAUAAACUAUCAGAAUCAUUGGAGAGGGUGGGAAAGAACUCGUGAGAGUCUCAGAGAUGAACAAGAUGAGAUUGAGGAUGUGGCAAAGAGUCUAUGCUGGAAAAAGUUGGUGCAGAAGGAUGACCUUGCAGUAUGGCAGAAGCCAACCAAUCAUGUACACUGCAAACUCAAGCGAAAGAUCUUCAAGACUAGUAGACCCUUCUGUGGUGUGGCACAGGAUCCUGACACAGCAUGGUACACUAAGCUGGAUACAUGUUUGACCCCACUUCCUGAGGUAAAGGACAUCAAAGAAAUUAGUGGUGGAGGGCUGUCUAAAUGGCCUAAGAGACUAACUUCAAUUCCCCCAAGGAUUAGGAGUGAAAGUUUGGAAGGAAUAACAGCUGAGAUGUUCACAGAAAACACUCGGUUAUGGAAAAAGAGAGUGGCGUACUACAAGGGAUUGGACCAUCAGCUAGCAGAACGUGGAAGAUAUAGAAACCUGCUUGAUAUGAAUUCUUACUUGGGAGGCUUUGCAGCUGCACUGGUUGAUGAUCCUGUGUGGGUUAUGAACAUUGUCCCUGUUGAGGCUGAAAUCAACACCCUUGGUGUUGUAUACGAACGUGGAUUGAUUGGAACCUAUCAAAACUGGUGUGAAGCCAUGUCCACUUACCCCCGAACAUAUGACUUCAUACACGGUGAUUCAGUUUUUAGCCUCUACCAGAACAGAUGUGAUAUGGUGGACAUUCUUCUAGAGAUGGACCGGAUUUUGAGGCCAGAAGGUAGUGUGAUUUUGAGAGAUGAUGUGGAUGUGUUGACGAAGGUGAAAAGCAUUGCAGAUGAAAUGCAAUGGGAUGUCAGAAUUACAGACCAUGAAGAAGGACCUUAUGAGAGACAAAAGAUACUGAUAGCAGUUAAGGAGUAUUGGACAGCCCCUCCUCCAGAGAGAGACCAACAGAGCAAGCACUAGUUUGAUUCUAUUCUUUUCAUGUCAAUUUUCUCACGAAUCAAUUCUUUCAAACCCCGAUUUUUGUGAGUGAUGCAAGGUGAAACUUUCUUUGCAAAAUUAUGGCCCCUGGAAUGUUGAGGCAUUCUUUCAUCAAAUUUUAAUAUAAAGGUAAGGGAUGUAAAUUGAUAGGAACAGGAAAAGGAACUGGUGAUGAGUAAAUACCAAUUGUAAUGUUUCUCA